AUGGAACAACAACUAGGGGAAACGGAAGGUUCUGGAUCCAGUCCUAGCUUCAGUUUUUACACUUCUAAUAGUUCAACAUCCACAGCAGCCGCUAAAGUUACCGGUGAAGAACGUGAAGAACAGGCAGCUCUAUUUCACGAAUUUGGGGAUUCCAAUGAAGAUGAUUUUGAAUUUUCAUUGAAGUUAACCGAAGAGGAAGUUUCAGCUAAAGUGAUUAACUCGCGAGGCUGGACUGUUUAUCCUCUUUUCAAUCGAGAUCUUCUGCUGAAAGAUGAGGUAGAUCCUGAGGUUCAUGCUUCUGACUCUAUCACCAGUUCAUUACGUAAGCUGUUCAUUGAUAAACCAGAAGAAUCUUCAUCUUGUUCAUCAUCAGAAGCCGACGAAUUGGAAGCUCUACCUUCUGGAACUUACUGCGUUUGGAGGCCUAAGACGGAAGGUGGAUCGUCGCCUGUUAUGACUAAAAUUAAGAAGAGUAGUUCUACCGGAUCUGGAUCGAAGAAGUGGAAGAUCCGGUAUUUGCUCCGGCGGAGCAACAGCCAAGGGAAGGAACCGGUGGUGGUGUUGACUCCAAAGCAAAAACAGAAUUCCGGUGACGUUUCCAAAGUCGCCGGCCGGUUGAAGGCUCAAACUCCUGUUCACGAACAGUUUUACGUUCAAAAAAGAGCAGAAAAUGAAAUGGGUAAGAGGAAAUCGUAUCUACCAUAUAGGCAAGUAGGGUUGUUCACAAAUGUCAACGCAAUGGGCAAAAUGCUUCCAUUCUAG